AUUAUUUUUUCUGUUACAGAGCUCUCUUCCUGGAAAGUUUUUGGGAAAUCUCAGUAUCUACAUAUCAAGAAAGAAAUAAAAUGGUUGGAUGCUCAGAUUGAAUGUCAAAACCUUGGGGCAAAAUUAGCUGAAAUAGAGACAUUAGAAGAAAACAUAUUUUUGAAGAAUAUUACGAGGAAGAGUAAUAAUGGUAACACCAUUAUUGGAGGAACAGACGCCUUCUCACAGAACAGAUGGAGAUGGUCCACAACAUUUAAACCGAUUACCUUCAGUGAUUGGGCACCUAACAAACCUGACGCAUCGGGAGGCGACGAAUGUCUUUGCUUGACAGCUGACUAUGAUAUGGCCUGGGAUGACUGGGAUUGUGACUCAAAUCAAGCAUCUUUCAUGUGUGAGCGGAUAAUUGUUUGAGCGCGAGAAAAUUAACAAGAUUUUUAUUUCAAUUUGAACCUUGGAAGACUUUUAUUU